AUGGCUUCCCAGAACUUCAUCAAGAAAGUCGCCUUGGUGGGUGCCAACGGCAACGUCGGAUCUUACAUCUUGUCAGCUCUGCAAGCCAAAAGCCGCUUCCAAAUCACAGCCAUCUCCCGCCAGCAAUCCACAGCCACCUUCCCAAGCGGCAUUGAUGUCGCGCAUGUCGAUUACAAUGAACCCCCAUCCCUAGUCAAAGCAUUGAAAGGACAAGACGCUCUCAUCAUCACCAUGAGCGUCUCCGCCCGCGGCGCACAGGAAAAGCUGAUCCGCGCCGCAGCCGAAGCCGGGGUGCCGUGGAUCCUGCCAAACGAGUUUGGAAUGUACAACACAGAGCAAGCCCAGUUGGACACAAUAGGGCCCGGAAAGCAGAGAGAUCGCGCGCUCAUCGAGGCCCUUGGUGUGUCGUCUUGGAUUGGAAUGACAAGCGGCUUUUGGUACGAACACUCGCUCAGCGCCGGCUAUUACGGCAUCGAUAUCAAGAAGCGACAAGUCGUCUACUUUGACGACGGCAAUCAGCGAUUGAAUACUUCAACUUGGCCUAGCACCGGACUCGCUGUAGCCAACUUGCUGUCUUGGCCUGUAUCGGCGGCUGAUGGCAAGGGCCCGGCGCUAGAGCAAUACCGCAACCGUAUGGUAUUUUUUUCGUCGUUUGCACCCAGCCAGCGCGAUAUGUUUGCGGCCACGUUAAAGGCCACGGGGACAACGGAGAAGGAUUGGAAUGUUACUUCUGAGCCGGCAAAAGAGAGGUUAGCCAAUGCACGGCAGAGCUUGAGCGCUGGCGACCACAGUGCUUUUGCGACGGUCCUGUACACGCGUUACUUUAUCGACGAUGCGGGCUUGUAUGAGAAGACUCACGGAUUGAAUAACGACGAGUUGGGUUUGCCCAAGGACGAUUUGGUCGAGGCUACCAAGAGGGCUGUGGAGUUGGCCCAGUCUGAUUAA